AUGGCAAGGAUACUGACGGGUGGACUGUGUUGCACUUUGCUGUUACAGAAGGGUACGCUUGAGAUAGUAAAAUAUCUUAUUAAAAAGGGCACUGAUGUAAAUGGCAAGGAUACUGACGGAUGGACUGUGCUGCACUCUGCUGUUACAGAAGGUACGCUUGAGAUAGUAAAAUAUCUUGUUGAAAAGGGCGCUGAUGUAAAUGGCAACGAUACUGACGGGUGGACUGUGCUGCACUCUGUUGUUAGAGAGGGUAGGCUUGAGAUAGUAAAAUAUCUUGUUGAAAAAGGCGCUGAUUUAAAUGGCAAAAGAACAAACGGGUGGACGGUGCUGCACUCUGCUGUUAUUGAGGGUACGCUUGAGCUAGUAAAAUAUCUUGUUGCAAAAGGCGCUUAUGUGAAUGACAUGUAUAGGAACGUAUGGAGUGUGCUGCGCUUUGCUGUUAAUAAUGGUGAGCUUGAUAUAGUAAAAUAUCUUGUUGAACAUGGUGGUGAUGUAAAUGGCAAGGAUACUGACGGGAGUACUGUGCUGCACAUUGCUGUUAAAUGUGGUACGCUUGAGAUAGUAAAAUAUCUUGUUGAAAAGGGCGCUAAGGUAAAUGGCAAGGAUAUUGACGGGUGGACUGUGUUGCACUCUGCUGUUGCUGAAGAUACACUUGAAAUAGUAAAAUAUCUUGUUGUAAAGGGCGCUGAUGUAAAUGCUAAGGCCACUGACGGGAGGACUGUGCUGCACACUGCUGUUACAGAGGGUAAGCAUGAGAUAUUAAAAUAUCUUGUUGAAAAGGGCGCUGAUUUAAAUGGCAAAAAAAAAAACGGACGGACUGUGCUGCACUCCGCUGUUGCUGAAGGUAUGCUUGAAAUAGUAAAAUAUCUUGUUGAAAAGGGCGCUGAUGUAAAUAACAAGGAUACUGAGGGGUGGACUGUUCUGCACUUUGCUGUUACAGAGGGUACGCUUGAGAUAGUAAAAUAUCUUGUUGAAAAGGGCGCUGAUUUAAAUGGCAGCAAAACAAAUGAGUGGACUGUGCUGCACUCUGCUGUUACAGAGGGUACGCUUGAGAUAGUAAAAUAUCUUGUUGAAAAGGGCGCUGAGUAA